AUGGCGAAGAGUUUGUGGGUGUGCCUCGGCCUAGCCGUGAUUUGCACAAUCGUCUCUCAAUCCACAGCUAGGGAAUUGAGGAACAGAAGGGAUCUCGAUAUGGCAGCUACCCAUCAUGGUCAUCAUCACGAAGAGGGUGGUGGUCAUGAAAAUCAUGGACAUAAUCACGACGAGCAUGGGGAAAAGGGUGAAAAGGGGUACAAGCAUUAUCAUCAUCACGACAAGGGUGAUCAUGGUCAUUACGGUAAGGAUCAUGACGAAGGACAUCAUGAAGAACACGGAGGUCACAAGAAGGGACACUUUGACGAGCAUGAAGAACAUGGACACCAUCAUGAACAUGAAGAUGGGCACAAGGGUUCAAAGUAUGGGCAUAAAAAGGGUCACAAGAAGGGUGAAAAGACUCAUGGCUAUCAUCAUAAAGCUCACAAGGAUGAAUACCAUAAAGAGCACAAGUUCUAUGAUGAUUACCACAAGGGUGGUCAUCACGAGAAACAUGGAAAUCACCAUGGACACCACGAGAGUAAGGAAGGCCAUCAUAAGAAGGGCGGCCAUCACCAUUCCGGCCAUCAUGAAGAUCAUCAUGGAAAGAAAGGUCAUUUCGAUAAGGGACAUUAUGACGAGGACCAUAAGGGUUACCAUGGAAAGCAUGGGCACGAUGAACAUCAUUCGCAUCACGAGGAUUAUGGCAAAAAGGAAGAGCAUCAUGGAGGGAAGAAGCAUGGAUAUUCGAGUGGAGGUGGUGGACAUCACCAUUAA